ACUCCUCCAUAUAUGUUGAAGGAAUGUCAAUUUACGAAACAACAAAAAAAAAAAAAUUAAACGAAAAAUACUCAAUCGAUUCGACAAUUCUGUAUACGGCUAAAUUGUAUUUUGAUCAGAUUCGCGUACUCGUGGUCGAAAAAUGUUCCCAAUACUAAUUCUGACAAUCCGAUGUGCGUGUUUGCACGCUGGCAACACUAAUACCAAUAAAAAUCUGACAUUUCAAUACAAAAUAGAGUGAAAUGCUUGUGCCCUGCGCUCACCAUAAACACGUGGGUCUUGUCAACGGGAAACCACGAUACGUUUAUUGAAUUGUGUUUUUUUUCCUUUAAUUCACCGAAUAAUUUCGUUUUAAACGGUCGAUUUGAUUAUUUUUAUUCGAAUUGUGUAUCUAACAAAUUAAACACAAAAUGGGGAAAAAAGGAAAGGUUGGAAAGGAUCGUAAAGAUAAGUUUUACAAGUUGGCAAAAGAAACUGGUUUUCGUUCUCGUGCUGCCUUCAAAUUGAUUCAAUUGAAUCGUAAGUUUAAUUUCUUGCAAAAAUCACAAGUAUGUAUCGAUUUGUGUGCGGCUCCCGGUGGUUGGAUGCAAGUUGCCAAAGAGAAUAUGCCCAUUUCGAGCAUUGUGAUCGGUGUUGAUUUGUAUCCCAUCAAAUCAAUCAACGGAUGCACCAGUUUGGUGGAAGACAUUACCACCGAUAAGUGUCGAACAUCAUUGAAAAAAGAGCUUCAAACAUGGAAGGCUGAUGUUGUAUUGCACGAUGGUGCUCCAAACGUUGGUAAAAAUUGGUUGUUCGAUGCGUAUCAACAAAUCUGUUUAACACUGCAAGCAACGAAAUUGGCCAGUGAAUUUUUGCGCAAUGGCGGUUGGUUCAUUACAAAAGUGUUUCGAUCGAAAGAUUAUAAUGCCUUGUUGUGGGUGUUAAAGCAACUAUUCAAGAAAGUUCAUGCCACAAAACCGUCAGCUUCGCGUAAAGAAUCGGCUGAAAUAUUCGUUGUGUGCCAAUAUUUCAUUGCACCGGAUAAAAUUGAUCCGCGAUUCUUCGAAGCGAAAUACGUGUUUGAGGAGCUUGAUUUAGAAGGUACAAAAACGGUUAGCUUACUGCAUCCGGAAAAGAAACGCAUCAAGCCAGAAGGAUAUACUGAAAAAGAUUUUUCACUUCGGAAUGAAUUGAUGGCAUCGGAAUUCAUAAAAAGUACAUCAGCACUAUCGGCAUUGCAGGGAGUCAGCGAAAUUGUAUUUGACGAUGAGAAAAUUGCAUCGCAUAAGAAAACAACAAACGAAAUUAAAGAGUGUUGUAAAGAUAUCAAAGUUUUGGGUCGUAAAGAUUUGAAAAAUUUAAUUUCAUGGUGGAAGGUUUUGAAUGCCGAAUUUUAUCCGAAAGAACAAGCAAAGGUCGAGGUUGAAACCAUUACCGAAGAAAAAAAGAAACCAUUAACACAAGAGGAAGUUGAAGAAAUGGAAUUCGAAGAGAUUGAAAAGCAAAUCGAAGAAUUGGAAACGGAAAAUUUAAAAGAUCAAAAACGAAAGAAAAAGAAAGUACAAGAAGCACGACGUAAGCUUAACGAAAAAAUCAAUUUGAAAAUGGUUAUCAAAGGUGAUUCGGGUCCACAGGAAGAAGAUUCCGAGGUGUUUAGUUUGAAACAAAUUAAUAGCGCCGCCCAGUUGGAAAGUAUUCAAGAUAUGGCACCCGAUAUGUAUUUACCGGAUGAUGAUGCUGGCAACAGCGAAUUUAUUCCAAAAUAUAAAAAAUACGAGCGUGAUUCAAGUCAUUUGGACGACGAUGGCUUCUAUGCGGAUGACGAUGAUAAUCAAAAUGAUUCCGAUGACAGCGAGAAUAACGAUUCGGAUGACAGUGAAGAGCUUGGAAAGAAAGGACUUGGUUUUGAUGAUGAAUCUGACCAAGAUGAUGAAUCACAGAAGAAGAAAACCGACACAAAGAAGGCGAAAAAAGUGAAAAAAGGUGACGAAAAUCCAUUGUUGAUGGACUUGGAUGUUCGUGACAAAAGUACAAAACGAGAUCAUCGCGUCAAUUUGUGGUUCGAUAAAGAAAAAUUCAAAGAGAUGGACGCUGACAGUGAGGAGGGCGAAGAUUUUGAUUUAGAUAAACUUAGUCAUCAAUACAAAACAAAAGGUGUUAAAGUUCUUGGCGAAUCUAGCGAAAAAGAAAAAGAAAAAGAGGUGAAACAAUUUAUAGGCAAAAAAGCAUUACGUCGUCAAAAGUAUAAAGAGAAUGCAGGCAGCGAUGGAAAUGACACAUCAGACAGCGAUAGUGACGAUGAUGGUGUGGCCAAUGAUGAUGGUAGCGGUGUGAAGGCUAAGAAAAUCAAGUUGAACGAACAAGAAUUAGCUUUAGGCUCAAUGAUCGUACAGAGUCAAAAGACCAAACGCGAUCUGUUUGAUGCGGCUUGGAAUCGAUAUACAUUCAAUGAUGAAAAUUUACCAGAAUGGUUUGUAAAGGACGAAGCACUUCAUAUGGUUAAAGAGGCGCCAGUACCAAAGGAUUUGGUCGAUGAAUAUCAAAAGAAAGUUGAAGAAUUGAAUGUUCGUCCAAUUAAGAAAGUAAUGGAGGCCAAAGCACGUAAGAAGCGUCGUGCCAUGAAACGUUUUGAAAAGGCCAAGAAGAAGGCUGAAUCAAUUAUGGAAAGCAAUGAUGCUAGCUCACAAGAAAAAAUGAGACAGAUUCGAAAAUUGUAUAAGAAAGCGCAGGAUAAAAAGGAGGAAAUCAGUUAUGUUGUGGCUCGUAAACAUUUGUCAAGCAAACGUGUUCGACGACCAGCCGGUGUCAAGGGACGAUUCAAGGUGGUCGACCCACGUAUGAAAAAAGAAAAACGAGCUGCAAAAGCUAAAGAAAAGACGAAAAAUCGACGAAAACAUUAAAUCAAUCAACUCUUAUUUUAUGUUUAUGAUACAUAAUU